UGUUUAAGAGUGUCCAUGAGAGAGUUCCUGAAGGCUGAUUUUGAGAUGUAGUGGACCAGUUUUAAAGUUUUCUGUAAAUUGUUCCAGUCUGUGGGCACAGCAGACUGAAAUGAUGACUGACCGAUGACUGAAUGUGUUUUGGGGAUUUUCAGCAGGAUCAGGUCGGCUGAACGUGUGUUGUAAGUGGAAGGUGCAGGUUGUAACCAUAGGUUGUAACAGGCUACACAGUGGUUUUAUCACUUUCCCUGAACUGCACCACAAAUCAAACCCAGCAGGUGGCGCUAUCCUCCAGGACGCUCGGGGGCGUCAGCGGUGAUUGGUCGUUCCCAUCCUGGCGGGACCCGGACCCGGAAGUGCUGCUCUCCAUGUUUUGGUUUCGGUGGAUAAACAUGAGUAUUCCUGAGGUGGACUUUAGCGCGUACGGCCUAAAAGAGAAAGAUGUUUCUAAGAAAAAACUGAAACUCUUGAGUUGGGCGAUAAAAAAAGCUUUUACUAAAGUUGGAUUCGUUCUUCUGACUAAUACUGGGAUCACGCAGGAAGAGAUAUGUCGUGUUAUGGAGAUCUCCAGGAUAUUCUUCCUGCAGCCAGAAAAAGAGAAAGUCGCGUUCAAGAGGGGGAACUUUUCACACAACCCAAACCACGGCUGGGUUUCUCUGGAAACUGAGAGGUUGAAUCCACGUCGGCCUGGAGAUCUAAAGGAGGCUUUCAACGUUUUACUUCACCCAGACAUAAGAUGGCCGUCGGUGGAGUCGGACCAAGAAGAGUCGUUCGAGGAGAUCCACACGUCUUUCUUCCGGCGCUGUAAAGAGCUGAGUCUACGGGUGCUCAGGGUGAUGGCCUACUGUCUGAACCUGGACCCAGAGGUGUUCCUCGCCCCACACCGGAACAUGGGGGAAGCGGACACAAACGCCACCACACUGCGCUCUCUGUACUACCCGCCAGUGAAGAGUGAGGAGGCCAAGGAGGGUCAGCUUCGGUGUGGAGAGCACUCAGACUACGGCAGCAUCACCCUGCUGUUCCAGAGCUCUGAAGGACUGGAGGUGCUUAGUCGUACAGGUGAAUACAUGGCUGCUCCCUGCAUCCCUGGAGGAGUCCUCGUCAACAUCGCUGACCUGAUGCAGCGCUGGACGGGAGAUAAGUUCGUAUCCGUGAUCGUAUUUCACUUAACUACAACAACAAACCAAAGUCAUGAUGUUCAGUACGACAGAACUCUGGAUGCUGAGUGA